AUGGCUACCAUCGCUCUUCCCCGUCCUGUGCCACACCACCGACCUUCCUCCGGCCUGGGUGCACUGCCUGCCAAUAUCACCAUCGAAGAUCUCAACAACCCCCAGCCUUCACAAUGCGUCACACCCGUCCCAAACAAGCAUAUCCCCGUCUGCCCACCAGGUCCCGUCCCCCAGCAAGAACCCAACACGCCGCCGCCAUCGCCUAUACCCAGCAAAGAGCGCCUGCAGACCUCGCUCCUCAGUCCCCCCGAUGCAUACCCCCGCAUCGAUUCGGGACCUCUGGCAGUCUAUAAAAUAGGUGCUGCUGGUGUUGCGGCGGCGCUGGACCACCUUGCAUGCCAGCCCUUGCCAGACCCUUCUCAGGUCUUCCCAUGGUUCCAUGGCCUUCAUCCGCAGAAUCAUGUGCAGCAGGCCUUCUUCGUCCAGCGAAGGCGGGCUUUGAGGAGGACGCCGGGCUGCCUACGAAGCAUCACCAUCGUCAAGGCCGACGGAGACCUUGCUUUUGCGCGCCUCAAGGGGGCCAUUGCUCCCAACGAGUUCUUGCAAUCGGGCUCCAUCGCCGAGUUCAUCGAGGUGGAUCCAAAGGAAGGUUUCUCGGUGAGGAACUUCCAGAUCCAGGCGGCCAAGACAGCCGUGACCUCUGACAUCAUUGUCUAUGGAGAUGAUCGGCCCUCUGUGCAAAGCCUGGCUUUUGAUAUCGCCGCCGCUCAAGCUCGGUGGAGGGAGCUCCAUGAUACCCAGGGGCAACCAUUGCCUGCCUAUAAUACGUUUAUCUGCACCGCCUCGUUUCGCGAGUUUGAGAAACAUCAUCCGGAAAUUGUGGCCGUUGACGCCUCCGGCAAUCUUACCGGCAGGGUAAUUGAUUUCUUUCAUCAAGAGCGCAGGGAAAUGUAUGAAAUGACCAAGGCAUCCGAGAUCUCCCACAAUGUUUGGCUCGGUCCUACUCCCGACCAGGGGUCUGAUGAUGAGCGCCAGUUUGACGUGCUCAUCGAGUGCAGUGACCUCGGCCAUUUGGACCCAGCAGCCCUCAAGACGAUAGCAGAGAGUCAGGAGCAGCCUCUCAAGCACCCUUAUGUCGACUUCCCUUCUUCUGGAAGUAUACUACCGCCAACGUGGUCUCACUCUGAGGCUGAUGGCAUCCUGGAGACAUGCAAAUGGAUAUACUGUCUGGCUCACGGGACCAACCCGCAUUUCGAGACGACAGACACAGAUGGGGACUCCGUCAUGUCCGAUGCUACCGAAUCUCCAGACUCGACUGUGAUCGCGCGGAAAAUCCUCAUCCACUGCGCUGACGGCUACACGGAAUCUACCCUGCUUGGGAUCGCGUACUUCAGCUACAGUACGGGCCUGCCCAUACCCGACGCCUGGCUGCGACUACACACGGAGAUGCAGCGGAACUUCUUUGCUUACCCCACCGAUGUGGCUCUCCUCACGGCCAUUGCGCCUCGCCUCCUCUCCGAGUCCCCGGUCUGUAGUGACCGAAACCUCUCAGACAUCACUGCCCAGAUCCGGGAUGAACCCAAGUGGUUCUCCGGCCUCGACGGCUCUUUGCCGAGCAGGGUGCUCGAUUACAUGUACCUUGGGAACCUUGGCCAUGCAAACAACCCCGAGCUACUCAAGGCGAUGGGCAUCCGGCAGAUCCUCAGCGUCGGCGAGAUGGCUAUGUGGAGAGAUGGUGAACGGGAGGAGUGGGGUGAGGAUAACAUUUGUGUCGUGCAAGGGGUCCAGGACAAUGGAAUCGAUCCCUUGACAGAAGAGUUCGAGCGAUGCCUCAAAUUCAUUGGUAAGCCAUACUUCCCCCGAGGCACACGCCUUUGCUAUGCCAUUUGA